AUGAAGGUCGACAUCAAGGAUCUUAUUCGCCUUGAGGCCGAGCUCAAAAAGUCAUGUGACAGUGUAACACCGCCUGUUGUUCGAGGCGCCAAGGUGAAUCUUCUCAAGUACCUUCAAAUCCAGACGGUACUGCUGUUCGAAGCAGCGUACGACACCUUGUACUACGAGCUCGACAAGGAGGGAGGGCUCGAAUGUCUUCGCGACAUCGCCCCGUUUCGGUCGAAGGACUUCUCCCAGCCCAAGGCCUUGGAGUUAUACGGCUGCGUCGAUGAGGACGUUCGACUUGCGAAACAGCUAGAAUUCUACCUUGCCGACGCUGAGCUGGCAAAGCAGCGUUUGGACGAGAUCAUAACGAACUUAGCGGACGACUGGGGGAGAUACGAGGUUCAGUACGUGGAGGUCAAGUCGUGGGAAAGCACGCAACGGAAGGUCAGGAGGUUAUAUGACGGUGACGUCCGAAAGGUUACUGACAUGGCUCGGGUGACUGUGAUCUGUCUCACACCGGAGGACUUGCAGCAGGUGUACUCGGAUAUCAUGGGGUCCAUGGAUGUACGACGGGUGACAAACGGCUUCAAAAACGACUGGAUGCCCAGCGGUUACCGGGAUGUGAAAGUCAAUCCCGUCGUGAACGAACACCUAUGCGAGAUUCAGCUCCACCUCGGCGAUUUCUCCGUACUAAAAAGCGACCAACACGCUGUGUACGAGUGGGCGAGAGACCUCAAGGUAACCUCGAAAAUGCGCGCUACCGACCUUUUCAGCACCCUAUCUCGCGAGGUUACGGAGGAGAUGAUCCGCUUGGCUCGUCAGGACUGGUGUAGAACUGGAUACUGUUUGCCGGAAUUGCUCCUCGCUUCUGGACAGUACCACAAGGCCGAGGAGGGCCUCAGACAGGGCAAGUAUGUUGAGGCCGACCGUCUGUGCCUUCGAGACAUUGAGAUGGGGGAGGAUACGUUGGGCCCUGACCACCCCGAUGUUGCUAUUCGCCUCAACAAUCGGGCCGAGUUGUUGAGAGCACAGGGCAAGUUCGGCGAGGCGGAACCUUUGUACGUUAGGGCUAUUGCUAUCGGAGAGAAGGUACUGGGCAAAGAGCACCCGGAUCUUGCUACGUGGCUCAACAACCUCGCGGGGUUGUUACACAAACAGGGCAGGUUCAAUGAAGCCGAGCCGUUGUUCGAACGUUGCCUUGCCAUCCGCGAGAAAGCCCUUGGACUGGAUCACCCGGCGGUGGCAACAGUGCUCAAUUGCCAGGCGGGAUUGUUGACUGCGCAGGGCAAAUACGACGAAGCCGGGAGAUUGUACAUGCGUUCCCUUGCCAUCCGCGAGAAAGCUCUAGGACCCGAUCACCCUGCGGUGGCGGCAGUGCUUAACAACAGGGCUGAUUUGUUAACCAAACAGGGCAAGUUCGUCGACGCCGUGCCCCUGAAUGAACGGGCAACAGAGAUCUGGAAGGCAGCAUUAGGUCCGGAGCAUCCGACAGUGGCAACAGCGCUCAAUAACGGGGCGAGGUUGUUGGAGUGUCAGGGCAAAUAUGCAGAGGCGGAACCGCUCUAUGAGCGGUGUCAAGCAAUCGAGGAGAGCGUUUUAGGGCCUGAGCACCCGAGUUUGGCCAGGACGCUCAACAACCGGGCGGGGCUGUUGUACGAGCAGGGCAAGUAUGCAGAGGCGGAGCCGGUCUAUGAACGAUGCCAGGCAAUCGAGGAGAAGGUUUUAGGGUCUGAGCACCCGAGUUUGGCCACGACGCUCAACAACCGGGCGGGGCUGUUGUACAAGCAGGGCGAGUACAAGGAGGCUGUUCCAUUUCUGGAGAGGGCAUCCUGUAUCUUUCGAAAGAAGCUGGGGGAAAGUCACCAUUCCACGGUCGACACUCGGAACAGCCUGGAGCGUCUGCUAAAACUCGUUCGUGAACGAGAGGCUUAGUUAAAGUAGUUGUCUCGAAACAUAGUGCAACCCGAGAUAGCCUAGUGCUCUUGGAAAUACCUGUCUCGUGUUGCAGGUGUGACGGCGGUGAACACCGAUCUACAAAAUACUCUGCGUGCGAAGCUCGUCGUCGUUGCCAACACGAUGAAGCUCCCAGGGCAUUUUUUGGCGUCUUCCUGCACAGUACGUAGCCUCUAUUUGUGCCGUGUAGCUCGGGUCGACGGCGAUUGGAUGAGGGGAAAACACUACCGGCGGUGCUGGUGGUGUC